AUGUGGACUACAGUUCUAAUAAUUUCUAGCGUUUUUACAUCAAAAAGUAUUGAAUCCGCUUGGGGUGAAAUACAAGCUAUUCCAAUAAGCAAGACACGAAAUGAAACAAAGGAUCCUUUUUUGAAAACAAAAAUUGGACAUAAAGUCGACAUGAAAGGCAUUUUAGUCAAAACGCCAAAUAAAUUCAAAAUAAUUUAUGAUAAAGUUUCUGGAGGGCUAGGUCCCUUCGGAUUACCUGCCUCUUGCAAGAAGAAGCAGUACGUUGAUAAAAAACUAACUGUUUAUAGAUGGCUACAAAUCGGUACUGAAUUAAAGAUAUAUGCUAUGGAUUGGAUUAGUUUUGGGAUUUAUAGAUUCAGCAAACUAGAUAAAUGUUCUUUGCCUAUUGACAAUGAUGAUUCAAAAAUAUUGGAAGAUGCAUAUUGUAUCUUAUACUUACUAGAGUCAAAAUUACUCGAAUCAGAAAAAACUAUAAAAGAGAUAAUACAAAACAAUACGAAAAACAAAAGAAGAUACAUUAAGUCAGAGAAUAGUCUUUAUUUAAACAAGAAUUGA